GGUGCAGCUCCGAGCGGCGGAGCCGGCGGUGCCCUCCGCGCCGCAGCCCUCCCCGGUCUGUGCCCGCACCCAGGGUGGGGACCGACGGACCGUUUCCUGGCUCCGCCGGGGCAGGGGCGCUGGAGAGCCCCCGGGGGGCACCAUGGCGGUGAGAUUCCAGGUGUUGGACAUGGAGGAGCUGACCAUCUGGGAACAGCACACAGCCACGCUCUGCAAGGACCCCCGCCGGGGCUUUGGCAUUGCAAUCUCUGGCAGCCGAGACCGGCCCAGUGGCGCCGUGGUUGUGUCCGACGUGGUGCCCGGAGGGCCGGCUGAGGGCAGGCUACAGACGGGGGACCACCUCGUCAUGGUGAACGGGGUCUCCAUGGAGAACGUCAACUCCUCCUUUGCCAUUCAGAUACUCAAGACCUGCGCCAAGCUGGCCAACGUCACGGUCAAGCGUCCCCGAAAAAUCCAGCUGCCUGCCACCAAGGCCAGCUCCCCUGGCCUGAGACACCAGGACUCCGAUGGGGAGGAUGGGCCGCAGAGGCUGGACGAGGCUGACCAUGGCCAGGGCUACGAAGGUGACACGUCCAGUGGCUCUGGCCACUCCUGCGAUGAGCGCUCCCGCCGGCCGAGAGCUGGCCACCGGAGCCGGGCCAGCAGCCACGGGCGCAGGAGCCCAGGCAGCGGCUCCGAGGCCCAAGGGCUGGCCCUGGUGUCCGGCUUUAAGCGGCUGCCUCGGCAGGACGUGCACAUGAGGCCGGUGAAGUCGGUGCUGGUGCGGAGGCGGGAGAGCGAUGAGUUUGGAGUCAAACUGGGCAGUCAGAUCUUCAUCAAGCACAUCACGGAGUCAGGCCUGGCUGCCCGCACCCGGGGACUGCAGGAAGGCGACCUGGUCCUACAGAUCAAUGGGGUGUCCAGCGAGAAUCUGUCGCUGAGCAACACGCGGCGCCUGAUUGAGAAGUCGGAAGGGAAGCUGACCCUGCUGGUGCUUAGGGACCAAGGACAGUUCCUGGUGAACAUCCCGCCAGCCGUCAGUGACAGUGACAGCUCCCUCCUGGACGACAUCUCAGACCUCGGCUCGGAACUGUCUCAAGCGCCACCAUCCCACAUCCCACCGCCACCCCAGCACAGGCGGCCGAGCUCCAGUACCAGCCGGGCCGACUCCCCUGUGGAGAGCCCCCUGCUUCGGCAGGAGAGCCCGGUGGAUUCCAGAACCGUCUCGGAACCAGACUCCCCCAGGCAAAGUGCCUAUGACAUCUACAGGGUGCCCAGCAGUCAGAGUGUGGAAGACCACCGGUACAGCCCCGACUCCAGGGUGGUCCACUUCAUCAAGGGCACAACCAUCGGGCUGCGGGUGGCUGGAGGCAAUAACGUAGGCAUCUUUGUGUCGGGGGUGCAGGAAGGCAGCCCGGCGGAUGGGCAGGGCAUCCAAGAGGGAGAUGAGAUUCUGCAGGUGAACGACACGCCGAUGCGGAACCUGACCCGGGAGGAGGCUGUGCAGGUGCUCCUGGGGCUGCCCCCGGGCGCGGGGGUGGAGCUGGCGACGCAGCGGAGGCAGGACUUCUUCCGGCAGGUGGUGCAGGCCCGCGCCGGCGAUUCCUUCUACGUCCGCACGCACUUCGAGCUGGAGCCCAGCCCGCCAUCCUGCCUGGGCUUCACCCGUGGGGACGUCUUCCACGUGCUGGACACGCUGUACCCCGGCCCCGGGCAGAGCCGCGCCCGCGCGGGCCACUGGCUGGCGGUGCGCAUGGGCCGGGACUGCCGGGAGCUGGAGCGCGGCGUCAUCCCCAACCAGGGCAGGGCAGAGCAGCUGGCCAGUCUGGAGACUGCCCAGAGGGCCCUGGGGACUGGGCCUGGCACCUCGGUGGGCUCUGGCGCACGGGCCGAGUUCUGGCGGCUGCGGGGUCUCCGUCGGGGAGCCAAGAAGACCACCCAUCGGAGCCGCGAGGACCUGUCAGCUCUGACCAGACAGGGUCACUACCCGCCCUAUGAACGUGUGGCACUGCGAGAAGCCAGCUUCAAGCGCCCCGUGGUGAUCCUGGGACCCGUGGCAGACAUCGCGAUGCAGAAGUUGACGACUGAGAUGCCUGACCAGUUUGAAAUCGCAGAUAGCAUGCUGAGGGCAGACAGCCCCUCCAAGAUCAUCAAACUGGACACCGUGCGGCUGAUCGCAGAGAAAGACAAGCACGCACUCCUGGAUGUGACACCCUCUGCAAUUGAGCGCCUCAACUACGUGCAGUACUACCCCAUCGUGGUCUUCUGCGCCCCCGAAAGCCGGACAGCCCUCAAGGCACUGCGCCAGUGGCUGGCACCCGCCUCCCGCCGUAGCACUCGCCGCCUCUACGCCCAAGCCCAGAAGCUGCAGAAGCACAGUGACCACCUCUUCACAGCCAGCAUCCCCCUGUGCGGCAUGAGUGACACCUGGUACCAGGAGCUCAAGGCCGUUAUCUGUGAGCAGCAGACGCGGCCCAUCUGGACAGCUGAGGACCAGGUGGACGGCCCCUCAGAGGACACGCUGGACCUCCCUCACCAUGGCCUGGCUGACAGCUCUGCAGAUCUGAGUUGUGACAGCCGGGUCAACAGCGACUACGAGACAGACGGCGAGGGCGGCGUCUACACCGACGGCGAGGGUUACACAGACGGCGAAGGCGGGCCCCACACAGACGUGGAUGAAGGGUCCCCAGCGCCAGCCCUGGCCCGGUCCUCAGAGCCCGUGCUGGCGGACGAGCCCCAGAGUCCGUGGCAUCACAGGAAAUCCUCGGGUCACCGAGGGCCCCGGGUGGAUGGUCACCACCCCCAGGGUUGGGGGCAACAGGACAGCAUGCGGACAUAUGAGCAGGAAGCUCUGAGGAAAAAGUUUACAAGAUCCCGAGAUGUGGAGUCCUCUGAUGAAGAUGGCUAUGACUGGGGCCCAGCCACUGACUUGUGACCCCACCUGGGUGACCAGCUGGCCCAUCCUCCCUUUUCCUCCCUGGAGCUGGGACUUGAUCCCAUAGAGAAUCGGGAACCCUGCCUCUCUCCUCUGGUCUUUAAUAAAUAGAGUAUUUUCACA